CGUGAUUAUGGCGUCAGCUUGUCCCUUUUGCUGCCGAAGGACGACAUUCUUCCUCUGCGCCGACUGCAUACACGUCCGGUCAGCUCAGCAGCAAGAUGUGCAUGGCAUGGAUGGAACCAUGCAUGGGCAGACAGACAGACAGACAGACAGGCAGGCAGACAAAGCAGACGACGGACGGAUAGACAGUCUGACGAGAAGCAACAACACCCGCCCUCCAACCUUCCGACAAUCUAAUCUACCAACAUGUAGUUAGUGAUGUGAUCUCAUCUGUUUUGUUGCCGUGUUGUGUGUUGUCUGGUCUGUGCGUCGUGCAGGAUUGAGAAGGCUCGGCAUCCGCCGCUCCACCAGCACGUGCAGCGGCUGAGCGAGCGCGUGCAGCGUCGGCUGAGCCGGCUGCAGGGAUGCCGAGAGAAGCUCCUGAGGGAACGCAGGGAUGCGCUGCGCCAGUCGGUCGACAGACUCAAACACACUCUACACGCCAAACGGAACGAGGCAAACGAACGUACGCACACCAGACAGACAGACAGACAGACAAUCACAGACAGAUAGAGAAAGGAUGCCAUAUACUCAAUGCUUGUUGUCGUGGAUGUGCGCAGGUUCGUCUCGUGUGGUGCGUCUGCGGACAGCUCUCGAGAAGCGGCGGCGAGCACUGGAGGAGCAGAGGGAGCACCUGACGGAGGUCACACGCAUCCUGCAGUCAAAACUGCUGCCCAUGACGCUCCACAGGGUGGGUGGGCCGAACAGCGGGGGACACUGCAGUGCACAUGCGUCAUUCGAUUGAUUCAGUCGCUUCCCUCUUGUCGUGUUGUGUCGUGUGGUUGUUUGUGUGGUCUGUGGGUCAGUUUCUGGAUGAUCCGCCAUGCAAUGUGGCUGGCCUGGGCGCCUUCCACAUCUACCAGGAGCUCAAGGCCGUCAUGGAGGCCAUGCAGACAGAACGGAGGAAGAAGUGCUCGGAGCUCAUUUGGUAAGUAAGGUGGACAGGACAGAGGGGAAAGGAAGAAGCUGCACUGAUAGAUGAUUUGAGCGUCGGAUGCAUUGCAUCGUGAUGCUUGCUGUGUGUGUAUGUGUGUGUGUGUGUGUGUGUGUCAGUUUGUUCCCACUGAAGAAGAUUGUGUGCAAUGGGCAGAAGAUGCUCACACUGGCGGAAGUAGAGAGCUUCCAAGGUGAGCGACGCACUCACAUCGAAUCGGAUUCAUUCUUCCUCGGUGCGUUCGUUGAUUGAUGUGAUGCUUGUGAUGCACCUGAGUGCAGCGAGCGGCGAGAUGCCGUUUGAGAGGGAGAUGGAGGUGGAGGCCGCACUCUCCUUCAUCGCACCCAUCGUCUUCGGCCUCGCCGCCUACCUAGACGUGCCACUCCCCUUCCCCAUCGUCUACGGCCACUACUGGAAGUGCCAGGCCUGCCAGCGCAACAUCAGCGCACGAGACCCCAUCUACAGGCUCGCAGACACCCCCUCCCACCCCCGCCCCCACCCCUCUCCCUCGCCCAUCCCCCCUCCACCCGCCAUGCCGUCCGAUCUGCCCAACAGGAUGCCCUCCAAUAUUUCUGACGACCAGUCGACUCACUCCCACCAGGGCGACUACCCAUUCUCACUCUCCCUCGCCACCCGCGGGCAGGUCAAGCGCUCACCCGCCUCACACGCAUCAUCGCGCAGCCAGUCGAUAUCGUCGUCUGUGGCCCAGACAGUGACCAUGGGUGUGGCCAAGGUGACGACCGAAGUGGGUCAGCAGCUGCGGCAUGGCCGUGGGUCGCUCAGUGGUGUGUCGGCCAUGCUGAUGGCGCGGAAGGGUGGCUUGGGGAGGGGCGGGCAUCGCGAGCAGAGGGACGGCGGCACCAAGGGAUGGGCCGUGCCCAGAGUCAUACACAGGGGCACUGGGUAUGUGAGUGGAGGGGGGGGAGGAGGCAUCAAGGCAUCCAGCAUGUGUGUCCUUGGCUUGUGUGGUGUGGCUGCAGUGUUGCGCAUGCCUUCACGAUUUACGACGGCGUGUGCACAUCGGAUUUCUCUGCGGCGCUGCAUCUGCUGAAUCAGUCGCUGCUGCACAUGUGCGAACGGCAGGGACAACACCCACCACUCAGGCAGCACGGUAAGACACUACACCCUUGUGCAGGUGCGGACUGCGGAGGGACGAGCGAUGCACUCCGCCCCGCCUCAUUCAUGCCAUUCCAUGCUCUGUCCGUCGGGUCUCUGUCAGAUGACACACUGCAGCUGUUGAACUCAAUUAUCAGCUCGCCACAUCUCGGCUGGUACACCACGUCACGCACUCUUAUCCCAUUGGCACGCCAGCCGGAUCCCUGCAUAUAUUCAUUCCCUGUGCCAUUGGAUUUUUCCCUUUGUCCCUUGGCCUUACAUAGCCUGGUUCCGCCGCGGCCUGCAUCUGCCCUCGGCGACCUCUUUGGCCACCACUACGGCGAGGAAUCAUUCAAAGGUGAGCACACAGCACAGCCACACGCACUGCACUCGCACUCGGAAAACAGAAACACACAUCUAUGAUGUGUUGUCGCCAUCCAUGGCAUCGAUUCGAUCAGGUUAUGAGGACGGCGACUGGAUCGUCUUGUCGGAUCUGGUGGGAGCGGUCGAUGAGACCAGCCACCACCGUGAUAGAGACAGAGGAGGGAUGGACGAGUGGCCCAGCACCCCGUCGACGAGCGAGCGGGAGGGGCGGCAGCAGCACCUGUCUCCCUCGCCGGCUAAUGUCACAUGUGAAAGGACGCCGUCUCAGUACCACACACCGUCGAGUGGCAGUGUGGGGGAGGGCAACGAGCACCAGAAAGUGGCCGAGUUCCAUCUAGACGGGUGAUGUGAUGGGAUGUGUCCAUACCGGUCGGUCGAUCCGUCUGCUGGAUUGGCGAGAGAGAAUGAUGGAUGGAUGGAUGCAUGGAUGGACGGAUGGAUGGACGGAGAGAGGGUGAUAUGAGCGCGGUAAGGCGCUCACGUCCUUGCCCGGCUCAGCUCAGUUGUAGCUGUUUAUCUGUG